UAAAUACUGUCGCUUCGUACUCUCCUUGUAAGCCGAUCAAAACUAAUCUACUCUCAGUUGCUAUUACCAAUCCUUAAUCAGUUGUUUCUUUGAUCUCUAUCAAUGGCGAAGGAACCAGUUCGCGUUCUUGUCACUGGAGCUGCAGGACAAAUUGGAUAUGCCCUUGUUCCCAUGAUUGCUAGGGGAGUAAUGCUUGGUCCUGACCAACCUGUGAUCCUCCACAUGCUUGAUAUCCCACCUGCAGCUGAGGCAUUGAAUGGUGUUAAGAUGGAGUUGGUGGAUGCUGCUUUUCCACUUCUCAAAGGUGUUGUCGCUACAACGGAUGUUGUUGAGGCAUGCACUGGAGUGAACAUUGCAGUCAUGGUUGGUGGUUUCCCCAGGAAAGAAGGAAUGGAGAGAAAAGAUGUCAUGUCAAAAAAUGUUUCAAUCUACAAUUCACAGGCUUCUGCACUUGAGAAGCACGCUGCUGCUAAUUGCAAGGUUCUGGUUGUCGCCAACCCUGCAAACACAAAUGCACUGAUUUUAAAGGAAUUUGCUCCAUCCAUCCCUGAGAAAAAUAUUACUUGCCUGACCAGGUUGGAUCAUAACCGGGCACUUGGUCAAAUCUCAGAAAAAUUGAAUGUCCAAGUCUCUGAUGUUAAGAAUGUCAUAAUUUGGGGAAAUCAUUCAUCAACUCAGUACCCUGAUGUCAACCAUGCGACAGUGAAGACACCAUCUGGCGAGAAGUCUGUCAAGGAGCUCGUUAAUGAUGAUGAAUGGUUGCAUGGAGGUUUCAUCUCUACGGUCCAGCAACGUGGUGCUGCAAUCAUCAAAGCUAGAAAGUUGUCAAGUGCACUCUCAGCUGCCAGUUCUGCUUGUGACCACAUUCGUGAUUGGGUUCUUGGAACUCCUGAGGGCACUUGGGUUUCCAUGGGAGUUUACUCCGAUGGAUCAUACAAUGUUCCAGCUGGGUUGAUUUAUUCUUUCCCUGUCACAUGCCAAAGUGGGGAAUGGAAAAUUGUUCAAGGGCUCAGCAUUGAUGAAUUUUCAAGGAAGAAAUUGGACUUGACCGCAGAGGAACUUUCAGAAGAAAAGGCUCUAGCUUACUCAUGUCUCUCGUAAGUGCAUCAAUGGUGUAGCAAGUGGGCCUCAAUCGACGUUUUCCUCGUCGAGGCAUAGUUACAGUUUUGAAUAAAGCCUUUGUAUUUUGAAUUUUACUUUGUUUAUGGCUUUAAUGAAUUUGAGUUGGCUACUUCUUAUAUGAUGAAUUGUUGGGACAAUUAUGAUAAUUUCACAUGGUUAUUUA